AUGGGCCAACUGGAAGGUCAAAACAAGUGCUGUAAAGAGCUCGACAAAAUAGAGAAAACAAACCGACAUCAAUACUGGUUCCAGUCACCAGUUGAGGAACUCGAUCUCUCUCAGCUCAUGCAACUCAAAUCCGCCAUGAAUGGGUUGAAAAACAAUGUGGAAGAACAGAAGGUAGCUAUUCUGAAUGCGAAUCGCCAUCAGUUUUUCUUGGGGAAUUCAAGCCAAGGGCUGGUUCAUGAUUAUAACUACAAUACGAUGGCUGGGCCAUACAAUCCUGUACAAGAAUACAGUGCCAAUCCUGCAAACGGAUAUAAUGUAACUUUCAGGAAAACGACAUCCUUGAUCUUCAUGAAUCUGGUCCUCAAGGAUUUCAAGGUGGAUUUUUUUAGUUAA